ACAAAAUUGCAAUUUGGUUUCACUUGAACCAUGCUGACCCAUCUCCUCCAAAAACUAAACCAUAAACCACCCACCACCGUCCUCCUCCGCCGGAAAACCACCUCAGCUGAAUAUGUAGCCUCAAGAAACCGAGACCCCACUUUCGAAAAACUCAUGGACAAGUACAAAAACCUCUUCAAAGUAAUCGCAAUUCAAGACCUCAUCCUCGGUACAACCACCAACGCCGCCGCACCUCCCGCCGUCUCCCUCGAUUUCCUCAACCGCCUAUCCCAGCGCCUCCAUCUCAACCGCGGCGCCACUCAUUUCCUCCGUAAGUACCCCCACAUCUUUAACAUUUUCCACCACCCUAUCAAAUUACAACCUUAUUGUACACUGACGGAAACCGCCCUCAAAAUCACCCAACAAGAGGCUACAGCUAUCAAUGCUACUUUACCACUUGUAGUAACCCGUUUGGUGCGUUUAUUGUCGAUUUCAGUGACUAAAUCAUUGCCCCUUAGAGCCAUUUUCAAGGUUUUUAGGGAACUUGGGUUGCCUGAUGAUUUUGAGGAAAGUGUAAUCUUGAAAAAAUCUGAUCUUUUUGCACUUGUUGAUAGUGAUAAUGAACCGAACACUCAUUUGUUGAAACUUGUCGGGGAUAUACCAAAGGGGGAGUUAGUGGCUGCUGUUGAUAAUUGGAGGGUAGUGGAAUGUUGUAAAGAGGAUUGUGGGGUUGAUAGGAAUGAGAUUUUGUUUAGUUUUAAGCAUAGUUAUCCACCAGGGAUGAAGUUGAAGAGGAAUUUUAAGGCAAAGGUUAAAGAAUGGCAGCAGUUGAGGUAUGUGGGGCCGUAUGAGGCUGUGGAGAUUGGAAAGAAGAGGAAAAAUAAGAUUGGGAUGAUGGAGAUGGAGAAGAGGGCAGUUGGUAUUGUCCACGAGUUUUUGAGUUUGACAGUGGAGAAAAUGGUUGAGGUAGAGAAGAUUAGUCAUUUUAGGAAGUGGUUUGGGAUUGAUUUGAAUGUAAGGGACUUGUUUUUGGAUCAUCCAGGGAUAUUUUAUCUUUCGACGAAAGGGUAUAGGCAUACAGUGUUUUUGAGGGAGGCUUAUGAAAGGGGAUGCUUGAUUGAACCAAAUCCAGUGUAUGAGGCUAGGAGGAAGCUUCUUGAUCUUGUUAUUUUGGGACGGCGAGGGUUGUCUAGAGGUCAUUCUGAGCCAACAGGUGUGAGCCAAGGGGAAGACGGUUUCACUGAGGAGGUGAAGACUGAUUCAGAUGAAAAUUAGUUUUCUAUCCGUACCAUAAAUGCAGGAUGCUUUGCAAUUGCUAAAGGCCUGAUGGAAAGGAUCAUAAAAGUCAAGAGGCUUGAACAAAUUCUUAGCAAAUGAGAUUGGAGGGAGAUGGGUCAUGUGUAACAGUCAAAUUGUUGUCAGCGGGAAUGAAUUAUCCGCCAAUUAGCAUAGAGAUCUGCCUCUGAGGAAAAGGCCGAGUCUCCUUUUACAAGUAUAACAGUGCUGUAUGACGGAUGACCUGUGCAAGUGAAUGUUUGGUUGAUAACUUAAGAGAGUUGUUUUUCAUUAGUAUUUGUGAUCUUUGGCCGAAGCACAGGCUGUAAUGUUUGCAGUGUCCUGUUUUCUGAACUUUGCGAGACUCUUUUCAGUUGUCGCAAAUCUACUUUGCCAAUGCAGAUACCAGCUCCACUUGUAAAUGCUGGAAGAAGUUGUUGUGAAGGUGGGAAAGCCAGCGAAGGGGAUCUGAGCAUUCAGAUGGAUGCUUGAAUUCAGUUUCUAAAAUGUAGACAGGACAAGUGUCAUUGUGUAUCUCACUUUGCUCACAAAAUAAUCACUGUUACUUAGGUGUUAAUCUCUGCAAGUUGUGUUGUACUUUACUCACAAAUUCCAGUGGAGACAAAAAAACCUUAGUUGUUUUUGCCCAUCUGCCUAAGUGUUGUUUGAUAGAAUUACCCGGUUUCCUUGCUGGCAGGAGAUAGCAGGUAUCAAGUAAAAUAAUCAAGAUGCAAUCUGGAUACCACGUUUAUUGAAAAAAGAAACUCUUUGUGGAUCCUUCAUUCAUCCUUACGUAUGAGUUGAGUCAGACGAGUGAGUUGAAAGCUGAUAUUAGUUGAAGAAGAAUGUAAACUAUAUUUUUGGAAUUUAGUUUGAAAUAAUGCACCAUUUGAUAUAAAUGA